CUGCCGCGUGAUCACUGCGUUCUAGCAGUUAUGUCUAAUGUUUCAGUUCAUCCAGCAGCCGCCGCUGGCUUUACAUCUUCUCAUACAGAUCAGUAUGAGAGAGGAAGACCAGAACACUCUCUCGAAUCAGUCAGAGUGCUGCUGGACAAAGUAAAAUUUCCAGGCUCGCAAGAGCAGUGCGCUGUUCUGGAAUUGGGCGCUGGAACUGGAAAAUUCACGAGAUCAUUACAGACAGCACUGAAAACAGCGAAAACAAAAAUCAUUGCAUCAGAACCUCUAGAUGGCAUGAGAGAGAGGCUGAUUGCCACAGUCGAUGAAGAUAUUGAUGUGCUGGCUUGUGCUGCUGAAAACAUCCCUCUUGCUGAUGAAACGGUCGAUCUCGUAAUCGCUGCUCAAGCAUUUCACUGGUUUGCAAAUGAUGUAGCUCUGCAGGAGAUACACCGAGUGUUAAAACCAGAUGGCCAUCUUGCUUUGAUAUGGAACAAUCGAGAUACAGAGAUUGCAUGGAUUGCCGAACUUGAUAAAAUCUUUGACUCUUACUAUGGGAAAGAUGUGCCACGACAGCAGACUAUGAAAUGGAAGGAGAUGCUUGAUGCAUUCAAUGGAUUUGAUGCUCUGAAGUCGGUAGUUCUUCGAAAUACUCAUCAGACUGGACCAUUACAGAUGGUUCUGGAUAGGAUCUUAUCUGUGAGUGUAAUUGCUAGUCAAAGUGAAGAAGAAAAACGCAUUGUAGCAGACAAAGUGGCUAGCCUGUUGGAAAGUCAUCCAGAUACGAAAGGAUUAACAACAUACACAUUGUCAUACCAUACAGAUAUUUAUUGGUGCAAGAAAACAGCAAUUGUGACAUAAUUUAACACAAUCAUUAUCAGCAAGACACAUCUACAACGGCAUAUUGACUCUCAAAAUACAUGACUUGUUCUACCCAUAUAUGUAGUUAUGACAUUUUGUUUGUACAGUAUGCUAAUGUCUUGAUCAUGAUGAGAAUAGCCUCGUAGACAAGAGUUUCUCUUGCUGUCGUGUCCCUUUCCUGUAUGACACGAAAACACCGGAGAAGUACGAUACGAAUCUGGAUGAGAAGUCUGGUCAGCCAACAUACAUUAUACACAUCAU